AUGACAGACGACGAUUUGGGUUCGCCCGAAAAUAUGUCACCGAGAAAGCGGAACGUGAAGAAAAGAAACAGUAAUGAAUUAUCUCCUGACGAUCGUGUUGGAGAUGCAGCUGCGACGACGGAAGCUGAAGCGGAUUACGACGAUGAAGAUGAAAAACGAGUGCGCAGAAUCAAGUCGCGUCGUCAAUUAGAACGUACGCACUUUCAAAUGGUCAACGAGAGAGUUGUUGAGGAUAUCACCGUCGAUUUCCUGUACAAACCACACACAUUGACUAUUCUUGGAGUUUUGGUGGUUUUUAUCAGUUACAAAGCAUUUACCGGAUUCACGGAAGCCCAAAACGCAACAGAUAGAAACGUUUACGAUGGUCUGCUCGGAACCCUUUGCUUAUUCCUUGUUGUCAGUGCAAUGGCUUUUCCUAAUGGACCAUUCAUCCGUCCCCACCCUGUAUUCUGGAGAAUCGUGUUUGGUGUUUCUGUUGUAUACCUCAUGUUGCUUCAGUUCACUCUUUUCCAAACUUACACUGAUAUCAAAACGGUGUUGACGUGGCUUGACCCAACUGGUCUUGGUGCUGAAAAUCUGGAUGAGAAAGACUACGCUAUUAACUGCUCUGAUGUCUCAAUCGAAAGAAUUUGGAGUCACAUGGAUAUUUUCGCAGUUGGACAUUUCACCGGAUGGGCAAUGAAAGCGCUUUUGAUUAGACACGGUGUUCUUUGCUGGUAUAUUAGUAUUGCUUGGGAACUGACGGAGAUCGUCUUCACUCAACUUUUGCCUAACUUCGCUGAAUGCUGGUGGGAUGCUAUCAUUCUGGACGUGUUGAUUUGCAACGGACUUGGAAUCUUCGCGGGACUUCAAGUUUGCAAGUUCCUCUCAAUGCGUAACUAUCAUUGGGAAAGUAUCAGAAACACCCUCGGACACCGUGCGCGUUUCAAGAGAGUGGUCAUGCAAUUCACUCCAGAAAGUUGGGAUGACUUUGACUGGGGAUCCUUCACACAAACAAUCAAGAGAACAAUGGCCGUCUACGUAUUUGUCCUCAUUUGGCUUCUCACGGAACUUAACACUUUCUUCAUGAAACACGUCUUUUCGGUGGACACCAAACAUCCUGUUGUCUUCUGGAGACUCAUUCUCAUUGCAUUCAUCUCUGCUCCAUCAAUUCGUCAGUUCUAUCUCUAUGCCACUGACCCACUCAUCAAACGUCUUGGAAUGCAAUGCUGGGUCUAUUUGGCAGUUUGUGCUCUCGAGGCUGCGAUUUGCGUGAAGUUUGGUAUCUCCAUGUUUCCACGAGUUGCCAUCACUCCAAUCGUCAUUUGGAUUUUGUUUUUGGUCGUUGGAACAUUCUUCAGUGUUUGGUUCUCUGUUUGGUGGGCAAAGAAGUCGUCGGCAACUACUGAAAUCGAGAUUGACGGAGAGAACUGUGACAUCUAUUUGGAUUCAUCACACGAGAACCUUGGAGCCAUCCAUGAAGACGUCCGUCGCCGACGCAGAGAUCUCGGAUUCUCAGAAUCGGAUAUCAACUAA